AUGGACCCCAAGCAGCGCUUCUACAACCACUUUGUCGACAGUGUGGCAGGUCUACAAGAACUCGUCGAUGAGCUCCCCUCCUUUGCAAAUGUAGCCGGCGAGCGCCAGGAAGCCAUUGAUCACAUCCUCGCAGCCAUCGGCAAGCUCCAAAACGAGGUCUCCGAUGCCGCCGAUUUCACCCCAUCCUACGACCGAAAACAGUACUCAGAGGCCAUCAAGACUCUACAGGAAAAGCUCAAUGAGACCAUUGUCAGAAUCACCCCCAAGUCGCGGUUCCAGUUCCGCCGCACCAACACACCUCACGUCGAUAUGGGGGCUCCCGAGAACGACCCGCGCCUGAAUCCCGGCAGCCUCGCCCGUAAGAACACAAUGCCCACUGCCGAAAGUGUCCCCGAGGCACCCAAAGAGGACACCCUAAGCGAGCUGCCGUCCAAGACCAAGAACUAUAACGAAGAAAUGGCCCGGCCUAGCAACUCACCUCUCCGCAAGCCCAGCUUCUCGGCCGCCAAGACCAUUGGCAUAUCGAACCACUCCGGCCUCCAUAUCAUCCUCCCUUCGUCUGCUGCCCGGGCCACCGCGUCGGGAAGUCUAACCGAGCUGAACGGGUGCAUCGUGGACAUGUCCAUCCCGACCGCCCAUGGGGCCCCCUUCCCUGGCCUCGCCAUCAAGAACAUCUCCAAGAGUUUGGUCGUCGCCGGUCGUGUCAACGGCCCCGUACACAUCACGGGCGUGUCGGACAGCAUCCUAGUCAUCAUCUCAAGACAGGUCCGGAUUCACGAAUGCAGCAAUGUUGACAUCUACCUCCACUGCGGCAGCCAUCCCAUCAUCGAGGACUGCUCGGGCAUGCGAUUUGCGCCACUUCCCGCUGCAUACGUGACGGAGGCCGAGAAAUCGACUGAAAACCAGUGGGAUCAGGUGGAUGACUUCAAGUGGCUCAAGGCUGACCAUAGUCCCAACUGGGCGACCUUGGCUGAGGAUGAAAUGCUAGCCGACGAGCUUUGGAGAAAGGUGGUGCCAGGACAGCCGGGUGUCAGCGUGGAGGAGACGCUCAAGAAACUGGGCAUCCCGCGCCGGUGA